UGCUGCCCUGCCGGGGAGGGGGCCCGCCCGCCGUCCGCCCGCCCGUCCGCCCGCACCAUGUCCGCGGCCGCCUACAUGGACUUCGUGGCCGCCCAGUGUCUGGUCUCCAUUUCCAACCGCGCUGCGGGGCCCGAGCCCGGGGGGGCCGGCCCGGACGCCGCCGCCGAGCGCCAAGUGGCCAAGGACCACGGCGGCGACCCGGGGGACACCUGGAAGGAUUACUGCACCCUGGUCACCAUCGCCAAGAGCCUGCUGGACCUGAACAAGUACCGGCCCCUGCAGACCCCUUCGGUGUGCAGCGACAGCCUGGAGAGUCCGGACGAGGAUCUGGGCUCCGACAGCGACGUGACCACCGAAUCUGGGUCGAGUCCUUCCCACAGCCCCGAGGAGAGAGCGGAGGAGCCUGGCGGCGCGCCCAGCCCGCUCUCCCUCCUCCACCCCGGAGUGGCCGCCAAGGGGAAACACGCCUCCUCCGAGAAGAGGCACAAGUGCCCCUACAGCGGCUGUGGCAAAGUCUACGGCAAAUCCUCCCACCUCAAAGCCCACUACCGGGUGCACACAGGUGAGCGGCCCUUCCCCUGCACGUGGCCUGACUGCCUUAAAAAGUUCUCGCGCUCAGACGAAUUGACCCGCCACUACCGGACCCACACUGGGGAGAAGCAGUUCCGCUGUCCCUUGUGUGAGAAGCGCUUCAUGCGGAGCGACCACCUCACCAAGCAUGCCCGCCGCCACACCGAGUUCCACCCCAGUAUGAUCAAGCGGUCGAAAAAGGCUCUGGCCAACCCCUUGUGAGGUGCUGCCCACGGAAGCCAGGGAGGAAUGGACCCGGGAAGACAAAACGACUCCCAGCAAGCAGACGGAUGGAUGGACCGGUGGAAACAAUCCCCAGCAGAGACAUCCCCGACGGCCGGACCCAGGCAUCCUUGGGCCGGGCACUCUCAGAUGCCCGCCCUCUCCCCGCAUUGUUUUUUAAAGCACAUUGUAGCCUAAGAUCAAAGCUCACACUUGGUCCCCUUCCAGAGGCAACUCUCAGUGUCUCUGACUGUUGGAGGGAAGGCAGAUGCUUUUCUCUUUCUCACACACACCUUUAUUU